AUGGGUAAAAACGGGCCACUCGUGCCUCGCAUUGGCAUGGGGUUAAUGGGUGUUAGUGCCAUCUAUGGCUUGCCUGCUCCCACCCCCGAUCGCCUGGCUCUUCUUGAUAGAGCGUAUGAGUUGGGAGACACUUUCUGGGACACUGCGGACAUGUAUGGCGACUCCGAAGAUCUCCUGGGUACGUGGUUCGCUGCCAACCCUGACAAACGCAAAGACAUCUUCCUUGCAACCAAGUUCGCGGAACGCGGUAUCGUCGAUGGGAAGCCACGCAUCGACUCGACCCCAGACUACUGCCGAGAAGCUAUCGAAAAGUCACUGAAGCGCCUUGGCCUUCCAUACGUCGACCUCUAUUACAUCCAUCGCUUCGACAGGGUCACUCCUGUUGAGAAGACCAUGGCUGUGAUGAUCGAGCUCAAGAAUGCAGGUAAAAUCCGCUAUAUUGGCCUUAGCGAGUGUAGUUCAACUACGCUACGUCGCGCGCAUGCCAUGCACCCGGUUACUGCCGUACAGAUUGAGUACAGUCCGAUUACUCUAGAUAUUGAGAGGAACAAUCUUCUUGAAACAGCGCGCGAGCUCGGAGUUGCCAUCGUCACUUAUAGCCCACUGGGUCGUGGACUGUUGACUGGGCACCUUCGUAAGCAAGAGGAUUGGUCCAAGGAAGGUGAUUUCCGCCGUGUCAUGCCAUGGCUCAACGAGGAGAAUUUCCCAAACAACCUGAAAAUGGUCGACGAGCUGGCAGAGAUUGCCAAGGCUAAGGGUGCAACGUUGACACAGCUGGUUCUUUCUUGGGUCUUGGCCCAGGGCGAUGAUAUUUUCACUAUUCCAGGGACUACGAAAGUCGGUCGCCUCGAGGAAAACCUAGGUUGUCUCAAGAUCACCUUGUCGCCAGACGAGGAGAAGCAAAUCCGUACGAUCACAAGCAAGAUUCAAGGCCCACGCUUCGGAAAACACGGCAUGGAGAUUGCUUUUGCAGAUACACCUCCGUUGGAGUCGUCAUAA